GCCAACCAAGGUUAAAUUGCCGCCGUUCACAGAAGUGCGGAUCAUCAAGUGCACUGCUAGUCGGCAGAGACAUGGUUACAGUUCAUGGAAGCAACUCUAUGAAGAUACAGUUGGUAAUUGGCCUGAUUUGUGUCGCGUGAGUUAUUGUACCCAGAAAGCUAUAUAUGGAGCCCAUGUAGAGGUCUAUGCCGAACCUGGUGUGGUAUACAUUAUACCUAUGUGUGCGAAGAAUCAUAGUAACAACGAUUGGAUGCGUAUUAAUGCAAACACAUUUGCAGCGUGUGUUGAGAAGGAAGACACAAGUGGACCGUCCGAUACUUAUUCUUCGAAUUCCGAUGAUUAA